AUGCUGAGACGGAAUGUGGAAAACAGUAAAUUCUGGCUAGAUCUUGACUCCUUGCUGCUGAUGAAAAUAUCUUUUAGAGCCUGGAGACAAGGCGAAGCCCGGCGGCGCAGGGAGGUUUGUCGCUGGCCGUGCCGGUGCCCGCCGGUGCCCGCCUGCAGCCCCGGGAUAAGCCUGGUGCGGGACGGCUGCGGCUGCUGCCGGGUCUGUGCCAGGCAGGCGGGGCAGACCUGCGGCGCCGCCGACGUCUGUGACCCCCACAAAGGCCUCUACUGCGACUACUCCGCCGACCAGCCGAGGUACGAGGCGGGCGUGUGCGCAUAUCUGGUAGCUGUAGGAUGCGAGCUCAAUGGAGUUUUUUAUCUCAACGGGCAGAGCUUCCAGCCUAACCCGCUUUACAAGUGCCUGUGUGUCAGCGGGGCCAUUGGCUGUACGCCUGUGUUCGCGCCGAGCUCAGCACCGAGCGCCGGGGCCGCGGGCGGGCAGAAGCCGGGACGAUCCACCUGCGGCCCGGGACACCACAGGCGGCUUCAAGCGGCGAACUACAGCCUGACGUCAGCUUCCAGAAGCUUACCGCUGGUUUUGAAGAAAAAGUGCCUGGUUCAGGCAACUCCCUGGACAGGCUGCUCCCGGACCUGCGGCAUGGGCAUGUCCAGCAGAGUGACCAACGACAACGGAAAAUGUGAAAUGAAGAAGGAAAAGAGACUGUGCUUCAUCCAGCCUUGUCUGACCAACGUGCUGAAGACAGUAACGAUCCCCAAAGGAAAAACAUGUCAACCGACGUUCCAGCUUCCCACAGCGGAGAAACUCGUUUUUUCAGGAUGCUCGACCACUCAAAGCUACAAGCUAACUUUCUGUGGGGCGUGCUUGGACAAGAGGUGCUGCGUACCUAACAAGUCCAAAAUGAUCACCGUCCAGUUUGAGUGCCCCAACGAAGGCUUCUUCAAGUGGAAGAUGAUGUGGAUAACAUCGUGUGUGUGUCAGAGGGUGUGCAGUGCUCCAGGAGAUGUAUUUUCUGAACUCAAAGUUGUGUGA